UUAAUAAUUGUUUUUAUUCAUUUUCCAUAUACACAAUAUGAAGGUGUAUUUGUCCUUGUCACCAACUAGGGUAGGGUUCUUAGUGGCCACUCCCCUCCGCCAAACCAAAAGAGUACAUGCCUACAAAACUAUUAGUGUUGAUUCCUUUAUAAACUCCGUUUGUCAUAUGCAAUUUACGAGCGGGAAACGGCGGCCAUAGCAAUACGCUCUCGUCGUUUUCUCCCUCCUCCGGUUUUCCUCCCGUUUUUGCGUUUUGCAUUAAACCCUUUCGCUCUUUUUCUCUGCUUUAUCUUAAAGGCAAAGCAUAAACCGUUCUCUCUCUGGAGUCUGAGACGGAGAAUCCGAUCCUUCAUAUCUGUGAAGGGUUUCUGAAUUUCUCGAGAGAUGGACGAGAAUUUGCUCGACGAUAUCAUCCGAAGGCUUGUUUCGGCGAAGAACGGAAGAACAACGAAGCAGGUGCAGCUUACGGAGGCUGAAAUCCGACAACUAUGUGUUUCCUCCAAGGAGAUCUUUCUCAGUCAACCCAAUCUUCUCGAGCUCGAGGCUCCUAUCAAGAUUUGUGGAGAUGUUCAUGGCCAGUACUCAGAUCUUUUAAGGCUGUUUGAAUAUGGGGGAUACCCACCUGAAGCCAAUUAUUUAUUCCUUGGAGAUUAUGUUGAUCGUGGUAAGCAGAGCAUUGAGACAAUAUGCUUACUCUUAGCAUACAAGAUCAAAUACAAGGAGAAUUUCUUUCUUCUCAGGGGCAAUCAUGAGUGUGCUUCCAUCAAUCGUAUAUAUGGUUUCUAUGAUGAGUGUAAGAGGAGGUUUAAUGUUCGCCUAUGGAAGACAUUUACUGAUUGCUUUAAUUGUCUACCUGUUGCCGCUCUAAUAGAUGAGAAGAUCCUUUGUAUGCAUGGCGGACUAUCACCUGAUCUAAAAAACUUGGAUCAGAUACGGACUAUUGCUCGCCCUAUUGAUGUGCCAGAUCAUGGCCUUCUCUGUGACCUUCUAUGGGCUGAUCCUGAUAAAGAUCUUAAUGGGUGGGGAGAAAAUGAUCGAGGUGUGUCCUUUACAUUUGGGGCUGACAAGGUUGUUGAAUUUCUUGAACAACAUGAUCUCGAUCUGAUUUGCAGAGCUCACCAGGUUGUAGAAGAUGGAUAUGAGUUUUUUGCUAAGCGUCAACUGGUGACUAUAUUCUCCGCACCAAAUUACUGUGGUGAAUUUGAUAAUGCUGGUGCGAUGAUGAGUGUGGAUGACACCUUGACAUGCUCCUUCCAGAUACUUAAAUCUUCUGAAAAGAAAGGGAAAAUUGGAUUUGGCAACAACUCAUCAAGACCAGGAACUCCACCCCAUAAGUUUUGAGAGUUUGGAGCAGUAACCUAUAGUGCAGAACCUGUGUUCUGAGGGGGCAUGGGAGAGACAUGUCUAUGCUAUUUGGGGCAAUUUCCCUUCAUGAGGUUUACACCUUCCCGUGGUCAGGGAGUUCUGGUGUUUGUUGAUAUUCAAGUUGCCCAAGUUGUCUACCAAUGUUGAUUUCCACUUUUUGUUUUGGUGAAGCCCACCGAUGAGAGAUGGAAUGAAUAAAGGCGGAGAGGGAGAGAAAGGGGAUUGAGGAGUGACAAUUUUUGCACUACGGUCUACUCAAUUUUUUAGGUUUUCAAUUUUCUUUUUUGUGAAAUUUUUUGGUGGUAUGAAAAACUUCCGGUAUUACUUUUAGUCUGAUGAGAGGGGGUAAGAGAAGACCUAAACAAAAUUUAAAUGAAAUUAUUAAACUAGACAUUUUAGUUAAUAAUAUUUAUAAAAAUUUAAUUUUUAACCGUGUUUAAUAACGUUGAAUAAUCUAUGUAGCUGAUCUCACAUUUUAAGAAAAGAAAAGUCUUCCGAAAAUUUGCUUGCUGCCUUCUUUUCAUCUUAUCACGUGCUCCAAAUCUUUUUGAAAUUUAUUAUGACCUCACUUUUACCCUUUUCAUCCAGGGUGGGAAGGUUUAAUUAACAUUUCUGAGCUGUACAAGGUCAGCGAGUUGGAUGGAGGCAUUCCAUUCUCUAUAUAUUAGGUCAAAGGCUUAUGGUUAUGCUGCCUGGCAUGGUUCACAAGAUAUAAAGCAUGAGGCCUUCCUUCCUUGGCAACGAUAACUAUAGACAGUGUGGCAAGGGAAAAGGCACUUUUUAUUGUGCGACUUCUAUUGACCCCCUACCCUUUGUUUCUUCUUUCUAAUAGUUUUUUUUUUUUAAUGUAUAAUGCAGAUUCUAACUUUAUAAGGGGAAAUCCUGAAUAUCUUAUUUGUUGCGAAAAUUUUAAUUUAGGUUAAAUUCAAAAAUUCGGCCCUUUCAUGUCUCCUUACAUAAUUUUUUAAAUUUCCCAUCUUAGUCACUACUAAAAAAAAAGUUCAUGAAUUGAUUCUAUCUUGAGUUGUUUUUUGUUUUAAUUUUUAAAAAAUAUUUAUUUUUCAUCUUUACAUAAUAAUUUUACAUUUUGUUUCUUAUGUUUGACUUAUAAUUUUGACAAAUGAAAAAAAUUUGUAAAUUUUUUACACAAGAUUUAACAUAUAUAAUUUUUAUACAAGUAGUGUGUCAGUUAUGGACACCAUUGUUUUUUAAUUUACCCUUAAUUUAUAAUUGCACCGGCGUUAUAUGGAGUGUGUC